AUGUCUGUUCUCACUACUCUGGCACCCGUCCCACCGGAUGAGAUCUUCGCCUUGAAUCGCGCAUAUGCCACUGAUCCUUUCCCGCAGAAAGUCAGUCUGGGAGUCGGCGUCUACCGUACCGACGAUGGCAAGCCAUGGCCCCUUCCAUGCGUGCGCGAGGCCGAGAAGCAGUUGCUGGCCGAAGACAGCCUUUCCAGACACGAGUACACCGCCAUUGAAGGCGACGUCGCCUUUCUCGAGCUGGCUCGGGACGUAAUGUUCGGGUUUGAUGGCAAGAACGCAGCGGAGAGGCACAAGAGUCGCAUUGGCUCCGUCCAGACCGUCGCAGGCACCGGCGCAAACCACCUCGGAGCUCUGUUCCUGGCAACCCACAUGAAGCCCAAGAACAUCUGGCUCUCCAACCCGUCCUGGGCUAACCACAUGACCAUCUGGGAAAUCGCGGGCGUCCCCCGCAAGACCUACCCUUACUACAACCCCGCGACCCGGUCCUUCGACUUCGACGGCAUGAUGUCGACCCUGGAAGCCGAGGCACAGCAAGGCGAUAUCGUCCUCCUCCACGCCUGCGCGCACAAUCCCACCGGCCUUGAUCCCAACAAGGAGCAAUGGAAGGCCAUUGCCGAACUCUGCGAGCGCAAGAAGAUCUUCCCCUUCUUUGACUCGGCCUACCAGGGUUUCGCGUCGGGGUCCCUCGAAGAGGACGCAUGGGCGGUGCGUUACUUCCUCAACGAGAAGCCCGGCAUGGAGAUGUGCGUUGCGCAGAGCUUCUCCAAGAACUUUGGGCUCUACGGACAGCGCGUCGGCGCAUUCCACUACGUCUUGCCGCAGGGUAGCGACAGCCUCCGCGACACCGUCGUCAAUAAUCUGUGUCAUUUGAUCCGGGGCGAGUACUCUAUGGGUCCUACGGCGGGUUGCAACCUCGUGAAGAAGGUCCUGACGAACGAGGAGCUCACCGCGCAGUGGCACGACGAUCUCAAAGUAAUGAGCUCGCGGAUCCGCUCGAUGAGAAAGGCUCUCUAUGACGAGCUUCUGCGGCUGAAGACCCCGGGGUCCUGGAGACACAUUGUCGAGCAGAAUGGAAUGUUCUCCUACACCGGCCUCACCCCCGCGCAGGUUUACUCCCUCAAAGACAAGUAUCACAUCUAUCUGCUCAAGUCCGGCAGAGCUUCCAUCAGCGGCUUGAGUCAAAAGAACGUCGCGUACGUCGCCCAGGCCAUCGACGACGUCGUGCGGAACGUCUAG